CAUACCCGCGUUUAAAAAAAAAAAAAAAUGAGUUCUUAUCUCGGAAACUUAGCCUCUUUUGACUAUAAAAUUAAUGAGUGGGAAGUGUUUCACAGUAGAUUAACACAGUUUAUAAAGUUAAAUAAAAUCUCUGAUGAUAGUCAAAGUGCAGUGUUAUUGACACAUCUCUCGGAUGACUCAUAUCGGUUAAUUCGAAAUUUGGUGCACCCAAAGAAGCUCGAAGUAUGUAGUUAUACUGAGCUGGUAGAAGUGCUAAACCAGCAUUUUACGCCAAAAAGGUCGACCUUCGCAGACAGGGCAAAAUUCUACGAAGCAAGCAGAUCGGACGGUGAGAGUAUCGAAGAAUGGGCGGCGCGGCUAAGAGGGUUGGCCGUAUAUUGUGACUUCGGUGCAGAGCUGGACACGCUCCUGCGCGACCGUUUCGUUCUGGGCUUCCGAGCAGGGCCGGAGCGUGAUAAACUCUUCGAAUGCGAUUCGAAAACCUUGACAUUCGGACAAGCCUUGGAAGUGGCACAGAAGACGGCUUGUGCGCGACAGGCGCGCGUCGUCGUGAAAGAGGAGCCAGUAUUUCGCGUCGGUGAGCAGCGGAAGGCUGGCCACGGCCAGGCUCAGGCCAAGCCGAGUCGAUCGGAGGAUAGAUCGAGUGUAAUGCAGCGCUGUAGUGUGUGCGGGUUGCGAUCCCAUAGUGCCGAUAAGUGCAGGUUCCGUAACCUGAAGUGCAGAUCCUGUGGGGGAGGGCAUUUAGUUAAAAUGUGCAAAAAUAAAUCUAAUGUGCAUAACAUCGGUGCACAAUCGGAAGGGUGUUCCCAAGACCCUCUUGCAGGGAGGGAUUGCAGGGAGUGUGACCUUUUUAACAUGAGGUUUCCAAACUAGUGUUGGAGGGAUGUAGUAUAUAAUGAGUGUCAAUUCAUUGUGUCAUCAGUAAUAAACUAGCUACCGAGCAAGACUGUCUUUCACUCGCACCUUACCGAUAUACCAGUCAGCCGUUCCAAAGAUUAGUUCGGACAACAGACA